AAAGAAGAGACCCAGCAUCGAAAGGCUAGUCAAGAGUUCGUCUAUAGGGAGUAGUGAAUUACUCCGUAUAAAACGCUCUCGGCCUUCUGCUCCAAUUCUAGAGAGUUCUUGGUAUUCCUUUUUCUGGGUGUACCUUCGUUGAAUUCGGGUGGAAAAACAAUGGCGUCUGAUCUGGAACGCAGGGCUAAGGACGCCUUUAUCGACGACCACUUCGAAUUGGCCGUUGAUCUCUACUCUCAAGCCAUCGCUUUGAGCCCCAACAACGCCGAGCUCUUCGUCGACCGCGCCCAGGCCAACAUUAAGCUCCAAAACUUCACCGAAGCUGUAGCGGAUGCGAACAAGGCAGUAGAGUUGGAUCCCUCAAUGGCUAGAGCUUAUUUACGUAAAGGCAUGGCCUGCUUGAAGCUUGAAGAAUACCAGACUGCCAAAGCUGCAUUGGAAACAGGUGUUUCUUUGGCACCGAUAGAGCUGAAGAAAAAAUUCAAUGAUUUGAUUAAAGAAUGUGAUGAGCUCAUUGCAGAAGAAGCUAGGGAACAAGCUGAUGCAACCACAAUAAAUGUUGCAGCCCCCACACAAUCAGAAAGAACAAAGGACUCCCAGCCACCUUUUGACUUAUCUCACCAUGAUCAAACAGCUGUGAAGCCUAAAUAUAGGCAUGAAUUCUAUCAGAAACCAGACGAAGUGGUUGUUACUAUAUUUGCGAAGGGCAUACCAGCACAGAAUGUUGCCAUCGACUUUGGUGAACAAAUACUUAGCGUUAAAAUUGAUGCACCUGAUGGAGAUACAUUUACCUUCCAGCCAAGGUUGUUUGGCAAGAUAAUUCCAGAAAAGUGCAGAUAUGAGGUCAUGUCCACAAAAAUUGAAAUCCGCCUUGCAAAAUCUGAAGCUAUUCAUUGGGCAUGUCUUGAGUAUAGUAAGGAAGUUACUGUUGUACGUCGGGCAGCUGCUGUGUCAUCUGAGAGCCAAAGACCUUCCUACCCUUCUUCGAAACCCAAGAGAAAAGACUGGGAUAAAUUAGAAGCUCAGGUGAAAAAGGAGGAGAAAGAUGAAAAAUUGGACGGUGAUGCAGCGCUGAACAAAUUUUUCCAAGGAAUAUACAAAGAUGCUGAUGAGGAUACUAGAAGAGCCAUGAUGAAAUCUUUUGUUGAGUCAAAUGGGACAGUACUUUCAACAAACUGGAAAGAGGUGGGAUCAAAGAAGGUUGAAGGAAGCCCUCCGGAUGGCAUGGAGUUGAAGAAAUGGUAGAUUUCUGAAGUGUAUUCUGACAUUCUCAUUGGGGCUCUAGUUAAUAUAACCUUCAAAUUGGUUUCCUAGCUUUAUUUCUUGGUUGGAGUUGGCCUUCUUUUUUGUAUUUAUGUGAAAUGUAUUUGGCCUUUUUUGCUACCUAUGAGAUGAUUAUGGACUCCUCUUUGUUUGUCAUAAUUUUUUGUAGACUUGGAGCCCUGUGUGUUAAUACCCAAAUCAGUUGCAUACUUGCAUUGGUUGAUUUUGCAUAAAUUUGUGAAGUUUUGGUUGAAGUGGCUGAAUUG